AUGGCUGCAUCGAGCAAAUGGGCUUGCUUGCCCGUGCUGUUGCUAGUUUCUCUCGUCGGCCUAGCUUCUGCACGUAUGUUCUCACUCUACAGUGAUGAUCAUUCUGCGAAAGCUUACUCUAAAUCUGAUGACCAUGUUCCUAUAGAUGGUUUUAAACGUAAACUAGCUGUUAAUCCAUCACAAGCUGCUGGACGUAGGGAUGAUCAUUCUUCUGUAGCCACGACGAUGGCUAACACAGAGCAUAUUCAAGAUUUACCUAAUGAUCACGACUGGCUGUUUGAGAAGGAUCAAGCAUUGAUGGCUGGCGAGGAUGCUGGGGCGAAAAAAGCUGUUGAUGGAGAAGGGGAUGACAAGUACAAGUCCCUUAGGUUUCCAACUGAUAAGGACUGGGAUGAACUUAUGACUGGUUUAAAGAAUGCGAAGAUAGAUAAUACUGAUGGUGCUUUUGCUGAUGAGAAGUGUGGCAGUGUAUUAUGUAGUUGGGGCUGGCGUCGUGGUUACAAUUGGGGAUAUGGUGGCUACGGUGGUGGGGGUGGCGGCGGCGGUGGUGGAGGAGGCGGCUAUUGGGGCGGGGGUGGCGGUGGUGGAGGCGGCGGUGGUGGUUUUGGUGGUGGAGGCGGCGGUGGUGGGGGUGGAGGAGGCUAUGGUGGUGGUGGUUGGGGUGGCUAUGGUGGUGGCAGUUGGGGCGGUUGGGGCGGCUAUGGUGGUGGCGGCUGGGGCGGCUAUGGUGGCGGCGGUUGGGGUGGCUAUGCUGCAUUGAAAGAUAAUUCUAACAAGGCUGCAUCUGAAACUAAAACUAAUACAGCAAUUGCCCCGGCACCAAUGACAGUUAGAGAGGCCAUAAACACACCCUAA